AUGGCGCCUCCAUAUGGACACGGGGUGAUGACGCAGAAGGGCACUUCAAGAAACCCCUACACCCUUCAAUCCUUCGAAGCUUUCACUCCGGAGCGUGAUCCAGUGCUCUUGAAUCCUUCAAUAGGGCAUGAGCAGUUACUAACCCAGAUAACUGAACUGUGCUCGUUCUACCUCUCUGCAGACCCAUCCUUUAGAACAUCUGAUGUCCUGGAGGACCUGUGUUUCCUAAUGCUGGGAUCACUGCAAAAAUCGGAGGAGAUCACAGCUCGAGAGACCAGCAAAAGGUCUACUGUGUUGCACCCUCUUCUGGAGCUCAUACCCCAGCUUGCCAGAAGAAGAAGCAGGAGAAUGAAAUUAAAUGAUGACCUUCAGGGGCCCGGACGGAUCCAGAGCAGAGGAUACUUCCUUUAUCGGCCACGAAAUGGAAGAAGAUCUGAUGAGUAUGUGUAAAACAAUAAGAAUUGAAAAAUCAGCAGCACCAGACCCCGUCCUGCAGGUGUCCUGAUCCAGAGCCAGUCAACCUUGAAACGUCACGUUACACCCCUCUAUUGAAUUGUGAUGUUGAAUGUACAGACAGAAUCCAAAUAAAG